AUGCGCUCGGCUUUGGCGCUCACAGCCUUGCUAUUCCUAUCCAAUGCCCCAGCCGCCAUCGCCGACACGUCAGAGGGUUGUUUCACAAGUUCGGACGGCUUGGAAGAUCAAGGGCCUUACACAUAUCAAAGUACAGGUUAUUGCCAAGAGAAAUGCAAGGGUAAAGAUUACGCUGUAUAUGCUCUGUGGAAGGGAUCGAAUUGUCUGUGUGGAAACUCAAUCCCGCCAUCGUCAUCAAAGACCAAGGACGACGACUGUGACGUCUCGUGUGAUGGUUGGCCCCAAAGCAAAUGUGGUGGUAAGGAAGCAUAUGCCGUUUUCCUCACAGGUCUCAAAUCAGAUGUCUCGACAUAUUCAUCAAGCUCAACUUCGACCACUGAUGGCAACCCCACAUCGACCGACCAAAGCGCGGCUAUUACACAAUCCGGACAGACAGUAGUCGUCACUGCUGCCAGUCAAACCAGCGCAGAUGCAAGCAAAGGUUCAAGCAAACCAAACACUGCAGCCAUUGCAGCGGGUGUCGUCGUCGGAACAGUUGGAUUCUUCGCCCUUGCUGGAGCUGCAUUCUUUCUCUACCGCUUCAAGAAGCGCAAGUCUGUUGAGGACCAGUACCGCCGAAACGCAGCCAUUGACAACUUCGGCAAGCCAAUGACCACCAACUCGGCAUCUGACUCGCGAUUUGACGGUGACUUUAUGGCCCAACGACGCCAAAGCAAUGGCAGUAUUGAUGACGACCAAGACUUCUCGCGUCGAAUCCUGCAGGUGACCAAUCCCGAUCGAAGAUAA